CUUCCCGACAGCCCUCACGCAACAAUAUAAAUACCACUCAUAUCUCAUCUCAAACCCUCUCACCAGAAUCAAAACAACACUCACAAAGACACUACACUCGAAACACUUUAUGCAAACAUCCCGUACUACCCUGCGACGAGUUCCGCAGCAAAUCUUCCGCAUCAACAAGUCACCUAGAGCAACUGCACCAACGGUUUCUUCACGAGCACUUUCAUCCACUACAUCCAAAAUGUCCCUCUUCCCACGCUUCACCCAGGAAUUUGCACCUCUCUUCCGCCUUAUGGACGACUACGACCGUCGCGUCCUCCGCGACCUGCCGUCCUCUUCCAACUCCAAUCACUCAUCCGCAUUCCGCGAGCUGCGCUCCUUCACGCCCAAGUUCGACGUCAAGGAAGUCGACAACGCCUAUGAGCUUCACGGUGAAUUCCCAGGGGUGGAACAAAAGGACAUCAACAUCGAAUGGACCGACACGAACACUUUGACUGUGUCUGGUCGUCACGAAGUCGUGAGGGAGGAAGGCACGAAGCCAACCGCCUUGCUCGAGAACAACAACAACAACAACAACAACAACAACAACAACGCUGGUGCUAUCAAAGAAGCCGGUGAACCAAGCAAACAGCCUACCGUCGAAGAUGCCGACGCCCCUAGCAACAACCAGGAGCAGAGUAUCACCAAAUCUGCGGAUGCUAGCAAGGACAGGAAUGGGGAAGAAAGCAACCAGCCAAAAUAUUGGGUUAGCGAGCGUAGCGUUGGAGAGUUCCAUCGCAGCUUCAGCUUCCCAAGUCGUGUUGACCAGGACGCCGUUAAGGCGAGCCUGAAGAAUGGAAUCCUGAGCGUUGUGGUGCCCAAGGCAAAGCAGGCGGUUCCGAGGAAGGUGGAAAUUCAGUAGAUGGUGAGGGAUAUUUUCAGCUGAGGAGACUGCAGAGCUUCGAUACUUUCUGGAGGAUGAUCAAGUGUCUGUGGAAUAU